AAUAAAAUAAUAAAAAUGAUUAAUAAAAGACUGAUCUCAUUAUUAUUUAAGAAUAAUAAUAAUUAUAAUAUUAAAAUUAGUUGGUUUUUAUUAAUAUUUAAUAUUUUAGUUAUAAUUAAUUUAUGUAAUGGAGUAAAAUUAUCAUUAGAUAAUUAUAAUGUACCAUGUAGGUAUUCUGAUACAGUAGAUUUAAGAAAUUCAACAAAAUUAUCAAAUGGUUCAUAUAUAUAUGGUGAUAUUGUGAUACCAAAUCAAUAUAUUGGUUUAUAUGAUUAUGAAUUAUUAAAUAAUACAUAUAGAAUAUCGGUGCCAUUACAUCCAAGAGGAUGUGCAUGUAGUUUAACAUCAAAAAAAUGUUUAAGAUGGUGUUGUGAUAAUGGUCAAAUGUUUUCAGAAAGGGGAUGUGUUAAAAUUAAUGAAACAUAUACAAAUGAAUUAACAAUUGUCGAUUAUAAUGGUAAUAAUAUAACAACAGAUAUUUAUAAUUAUUUUAUACCACAAAUGAAUUAUCGACCAUGUGAUGAUAUGUAUUUUUUGGAAAGAGAUUAUCCAGGUGAUGAAUAUAUAUUAUAUGAGGAUGGUAGCCUAAAAUUAUUAUAUGACGAACGGAUUGUAGAUAAAAGUAGUAUGUGUUUCGGUUAUGCUAUGUGGGAGAAUGAAAGUGUUUCAUUUUAUCCGACUGCUUAUUUAUGCCGAACUCCACAAGAGAAUAGUUUACGAAUGGUUUUAAAUGCUUUUGCGAUGUUAUUUUCUAUACCAUUUAUGAUAAUAACAGUUUUGGUAUAUACAUUAAUUCCUGAAUUAAGAAAUUUACAUGGGAAAUCUUUGGCCUGUUAUUUAUUAGGAUUGAUAUUUGGUUAUUCAUUACUAUGUUGUCAAAUAUUUUUUAAGGAACUUAAUACAUUAUCAUGUUAUAUAAUUGGAUUUGUAGCUUAUUUUUCAUUUAUGUCAGCAUUUUUCUGGUUAAGUGUUAUUAGUUUUGAUUUAUGGUGGAAUUUUCGUGGUACACAUGGUCGAAAUUUAAGAGAUUCAAAAAAAUUUUAUAUAUUUGCACUUUAUGCAUGGGGUUUAGCAGCAACAUGUACUGGUAUAACAAUUAUAGCACAAUUAACUGAUUAUCUUCCACAAAAUUUUAAACCUGGUAUUGGAGAUGAAGAUUAUUGCUGGUUGGAUGUCUUAAGAAAUUAUUCAGCAUUUGCAUAUUUUUAUGGGCCAAUAUUAGCAAUUAUAACAUUUAAUAUUAUAAUGUUUAUUAUAACAUCAACGAAAAUACAUCAUGUACAAAGAGAAGUUGCACGAAUGAUUGCACGUGAGGAUAGUCGAAAAAAUUUAAGAACUGAAAAAGAUCAAUAUGGUCUAUUUUUACGAUUAUUUAUUGUAAUGGGUGCAACAUGGUCCAUGGAAAUAAUAUCAUAUUUAGUUGGAGAAAAGCAUAUAUUUGCAUGGAUAUUUUAUGUAAUGGAUGUUUGUAAUGCUGUACAAGGUUUCUUAAUAUUUGCAUUAUUUGUUUUAAAGAAGAAAGUUAAACAUUUAAUAAUAAAAAGAUAUAAGCAAAGCCGUAGUAUCAACAGAUCAAGUCAAUACUCAACUAAAACUUCAUCAAGUAAUAUAACACUGACGACAUUAAGUCAUGCAACAACAGAAAAACCAUUAAUGGAUCCAAAAUCAUUAAAGGAGUAAAAUCUUACCAAUUCUAAUUUAGACAAGUUAUAUAAUAUGUAAUAAUUUACUAUAUGAUCACAUAAACUGUAUAUGCUUUCCCUUACAUAUUAAAUUUUUUUUUUUAAAUUAUUGAUUUUACCAAAGAUUAUCAAAACAAAAAAAAAAAACAAACCUUUCUAACUGAUAUCCAAUAAUAUAAUUUAAGUAUAAUUUGUAUUUUAAAGUUUACAUUAUGUACUAUAUUAUAUAAGAAUAAAUGUAGAAAAAAGAAAAAUUUAGAAUAUAAAAUACGUGUUCGU